AAGGUAACAUUUUCGCCCAAAUCCAGUGCUGCAAAGAAAUGAAUAAUAGUAAAAGAAUUAUGAAUUCACGAUAGGAUGCUCAUUCCAAUCGUCCCGCAGUGAAAAUCACAACUAGCAUUAGCGCAUUACUCCGCGUUACUCCAGAAGCACCACCCACACAGGACUCUUUCCAUGUGACUCCGUGUCCGCAACCGUCCGUUACUUCUCCAGAAAACGUGAAAUGGCGUUUCGUUGCUGACAUUGCAAUGAGUCAGACGCGGGAGUCAGUCUCAAGCAUCACGUGACACCGAAAGCACCUCCCUUGCCGGACUGCCUGCGGGAGGGCCGUGACUUGGAGAAUCCGCCAUGGAGUCCUUCUGCCUUGAUAAUAUCUGGAAAGUCGGAGUUCUGCUCCUGCUGGUCUCGCACGUCGCCUCGAAAGACCCACGGCGUCCUGCGUCAGUCCUGCGAAGUGACUCCAGUCAGGGAAGAAGUGAGUCUGAAGACACUGUCAUGGAGAACCUGUCAUGUGCAUCAGUGAAUCUUGAAAGCUUGGUGUGUAGGUGGGAGACACCAAAGAUUCCUGUCUCUAAUUACACCAUGUAUCUAUACAACUGGCUACAUUUAUGGGAUAUUAAACAAAGCUGUACGUGCUACGAAGAGUGGUGUAACUCUUGCCCAGGGGUAUGCUGUCACUGGAAAGCUCCAGCUUAUGACUUCACUGCUCCUGAAAUUAUGAUUGAACUUUCAACCGGCAGCAACGCCCGGAAUGAAACGUUCAACCAGUCUUUAAUCGUUCUCCCUGGUGAAGCCGAGAAGCUAAGCAUCAGCACGACCGAGUCAUACCAGGAGCUCGAAGUCAGAUGGGAUACGCCCAAAUUCCUCCUCAAUUUCGAUCCCGGUCUUUUCUACAGCGUGGACUACAGGCCUAAAAAUGUCAGCGUUUUCGGGUCCCUUGACUGGAUGAGUGUGGCGGGACAUUAUUGCGACAAAAGCGCGACGGUGAGGCUGACGUCGCUGCACGGCUGGGUGGACUACGAGGUGCGCGUGAGACUCCGCUCGGGGGCACGACCGCCGCCCGACGACGAAAACGACGACCGAUGGUGGUCAUCGGUAGCAUCCGAGGCCGUCACGUCGCAAGGAGCGCCCGAGGUUGCCCCAGCCGUGAGCGUGGGGACCUUCGAGGUCGAGAGCGACGCCGACUCCGGGCGGCGGGCGGUCGCGCUGCAGUGGCGCCCCGUGCCCCCGCUGCUGCACAACGGACCCGGCCUGGAGUACCGCGUCCUGGUCAGGGACCAAACGAACAACACGGUGAAAGAUCUCACAGAAACCGGAACAUUUGUCAGAAUUGAAGACCUCAACAAAGAUACGAGUUACAGAAUGGAAAUCACCGCCGCGAACCACGUCGGCGUCGGCCACACGACGCCGGCGGUGCGCAUUCCCGCCGCCCCGCCUCCCGCCCCGCUCCUGCCGGCAGUCGUCUACCACGCAGAGACUCGCCACUACGAACUCUGGUGGCCGGCGAAGGAGAACCUCACCUACACGGCCUACGUCUGCACCGACGGCCUGUCCUUCCUCUCGCCCUGCACGAGCAACUUGUACUGGAAGAACUUGGGUUCAGCAUCAGCGGUGAACCUCACUUUGGAGGAGUUGAACGUGACUGACUCCCUGACUCCUGACAAGGUUCGCUUCGCGCUGUCAGCUGAGACCUUCGCCGAGGACUCCAGCGGCAUGGCCUGGGACAGCUGCGUCCAUCCCCAGCUGUACAACACGCAGCAUUCCGCGCCCGAAAUCAUCACGGACUACGACAGCACGAUGAACAGCGUGAGUCUGCGCUGGAGUGCGGACUGUGCUGCUCGAGGGGGGGUGAUCGAGGAGGUGCAGGCGAUCUGGUGCGAAGGCCUCGGCAGCUGCGAUGACGCAGGCAACGAAACCCCCAUGAAGAACGAGAGCGACGUGUUUUCGGGCGUCGUGGUGCUGGACGGCCUUCGCGAGGGCUCGGACUACGCGGCGAACCUGAGACUCAAGUACCGAGGCGGCUUCUCGGGAUGGUCCUCUCCGCUGCUGUUCUCGACGAAGUCUUCAGUUCUCCCGACGUGGCUCAUCGUCAUCAUCGUCAUUGCGGCUGUUGCAGUCACUGUUGUGGUCCUCGCCGCCGGCGUCUACAGCAGGAGGAAGAUCCAAGUGAUCGCCGAGGAUGCGCAGCGGCAGAUCAUCCUUCCCGAAGGUCUCGGCGACGGCAGCGCCUUCCACGGCCCGAGACCCCAGGACGACAGCUCCGAUAUCCGAAGUCGAAAUUCAUUCACCACGGACGUGAUGAACAAUCAUGACUCCAUCUAUGACAAUGUUCAGUACAGUGAGCCGUUGUCAAACCACAUGUUGUGCCUCGAAAAGGAGUACUUCCAGACACCCUUCUCUGGAGGUCGAGGUCUUGCCCAAAGCAACGUCGAUAAAGAAACCCCUCCUCUGAUUUCUCAGCCUGGUGACGUCAUGCCAGUGUUCCCCAAUGAUGUCACUGGAGAUAAAACUGGGAAUGGUGAAGAUGGUUACGGAAUCAUUUCUGAGCCAUCGCCGGGAUAUUCAGUCAUCCUGUUUCAAAACUCUGAAUUACACAGCAAUAAGGCGGCCAUUCCGUCGACCUCAACGAAUGAAGUCAGAACCCCUUAUUCGAGGAUUUACAGUUGUCCAGAAGAAUUCACGAAUGUGAAGGCAGACGAGAAAUCUCUGGCAGGUCACGUAGCUUCUCCAUCAGCAGAUUGUGGAAUGCAAACCUCUAGUAAUCUGACACCGAAUGGAGGAAGGCAAGUACAAAGAACACCUUCUACAAGAUAUACGGCUUUUCCUCUAGAGGGCUCUAGAAAUGAUACCUCCAAAAAUAUAAAGGAGAACGUGGACAAGCAUAUACAAGAGACAACUGCAGCUCAGCCAUCACCAGGAUAUGUAGCCAUCCUGCCCCAGCAUUCUACCUUAAACGAUGGCACGUCGUCUACUCCAUCAACCCCAGCAAAUGAAGUCAAAGCUCCAUACUCAAGUGUUUACAGAAAUCCAGAAGAAUUUAAGAAUAUGAAGGGACAUGAUCAUAUACAAGAGACAACUGCAGCUCAGCCAUCACCAGGAUAUGUAGCCAUCCUGCCCCAGCAUUCUACCUUAAACGAUGGCACGUCGUCUACUCCAUCAACCCCAACAAACGAAGUCAAAGCUCCUUACUCAAGUGUUUACAGAAAUCCAGAAGAAUUUAAGAAUAUGAAGGGACACAAGCAUAUACAAGAGACAUCUGCAGCUCAGCCAUCACCAGGAUAUGUAGCCAUCCUGCCCCAGCAUUCUACCUUAAACAAUGGCACGUCGUCUACUCCAUCAACCCCAACAAAUGAAGUCAAAGCUCCUUACUCAAGUGUUUACAGAAAUCCAGAAGAAUUCAAGAAUAUGAAGGGACACGAGAAAUCUCUUCCAGGUCGUGCAGUUUUUCCGUCAACCCAGGUAAACAAGGAUACACAGGGAUUAGUUUCUACAGGAUUUGGAAUGCAAACUUCUUGUGAAUUGAUAAAGAACGAGGGCGGGAAUAAACAUGACACAUAUUCGAAAGGUUAUGUUCCUUUUCCACCAAAUAUUUUUGGAACACAAACCUCCAACAAAUUGAAAGAAGACGUGGGGCAGAAAGUACAACGAACAUCUUCCUCAGGCCAAGUAGCUUCUCCGCCAGAAGGCUUUGACAAACAAACCUUCCCUUCGGAUAUACGUCACUACGAUGCAGGCGCAAAGUCCAAGGCACAGAAAGAGCCAGUCACAAAAAAAGCGGAAUCUGAUGCGGAGACUACAGGGUAUGUGAUGAUAGACUUUCCUUUUGCAUCGAAAAACACACAGGACAACAGACACCAGAGUGGUGCCAAUUCAGAGUCUCCGUCGAGUAACAAAGAAAAGUUUGAUGAAGCAUCAGGCCCCCACCAUUAUGUAUCAAGGAUUGACGGCAGAUCAAAAUUAUCAUCUGAUCAGAAAGCCAAAACUUCAGGCGAAACUCCUUCAGUGGGAUACGUGGCAUUGGAUUUUCCAUUCGCAAGAUUUACAAAAGGACAAAAUUCACCAAACCAAACACCAAAUGGUAACGGCCACGUGGAGGGAACGGAUGCAAGCGAGCCAGAAAAGGAGAUUUCCCCUCGUUACCCAUAUGACACGAGUGACACGUGUCCGCCUAUUCCCGAAGACGAAAUGAACGCCCUGUGCCACAAGACGCAGCCGGAGCCUGACUUCCCCCAGAACGUACCUCAGAUGACAGUGCAUCAUGUGUCGACAGUAGUCACUGGACCUGAAAGCUCCUUACGUUCACCUAUAGACGAGAACGUAGGCUCAGCAGCGUCCUCUGGGUACGUACGAUUGGAUCAAAUAUAUUCUGGGAAGUAUGGAGAGUUCUAAGGUGAAAAUUGGGAAAGUUUAUGAUGUGUACAGUAAGCUCAGAACAGUGAUAAUUCACAUGGUUAAAAGCGAAAAAGAAAAAAAAGAAAAAGAAAUCAACGAGUAAGCAAAAGCCUUAGCCUGCAAAUAACGUCGCAUACCGAUGGCCAACAGAAAAAAAAUAGAUAUGCGAUAGACAGUGAGAUACCUUGCCUUUUUUCCUGUGUUGGUAUUAUGCAUGAAACUGUAUAUUGGCGGCAAUUCAGAAAAUCGUAAAGUGUGGGGAUUUUGUUAACAAACUGCAUCAGGUCGAAGAGAAAAGGCUAUGGAAUGUGCAGUUAAUAUGAAUAUCAAACACCUCGUAAUUAUUGUUAGAAUAAUCAUCAUUAUUAUUGUUAACUAUUUUUAUUGCUGUUUUCCUAGUAGUAAAAACAAUAUUAGCUUUAGUAUAAGGAUGAAUAUUUUCAUUAUUAUUCAGACUUGGCUUUCUUUACUGUGCUGAUCAUUAAAUCUGUGACUUUUAUUAUAAAAGAGCUGAUCACUUGUCAAUAACACCCAAAAACGCCUGAGCAGAUAGCCAGGGUGGUAAAUAAACUUACUUAACUUUCAUAGUAGUAUAGGGCACAUACAUUUUAUCUCGCUAUUAUUUUAUCUUGUUCACUGUAUCAGAACGUACGCUCAUGUUAUACCCUAAAUCUGCAAUGUGAUAUUGUAGCCAUAACCAUGUAUCAAAUGCAUUAAUGCUUGUACACGCAUGUGCAGUUGGUAAGUAAACCCCCCCAAAAAAAAGGUUUAAUGUUAGUAAUAACGACAUCAGCUGUUGUUGUUGCCAUUCAUAUUAGUAUAUUAUAUUUUUAUAUUUACAAUUUUAUCAUAGUUGUUCAUAUGUUGAUGCUGUUAUCGUAAUAGUAAUAGUAAUGACAAAUUAAUUUUAUUAUUGUUAUUAUUAUUAUCAUUAUCAUUAUUAUUAUUAUGAUGAUGAUUAUUAUUAUGAUUAUUAUUACUAUCAUUAUUAUUAUCAUUAUUACUAUUAUUAUUAUUAUUAUUAUUAUUAUUAUUAUUAUUAUUAUUAUUAUUAUUAUUAUUAUUAUUAUUAUCAUUAUUAUCAUUAUUACUAUUAUUGCUAUAACUAUUAUUAUCAUCAUUAUUAUCAUUAUCAUCAUUAUUAUAAUCAUUAUUGUUAUUAUCAAUAUUAUUAUUAUAAUUAUUGUUAUUACUAUUUUGUCAUUAUCAUUUUCAUUAUCAGUAUCAUUAUCAUUAUCAUAAUAGAUAUUAUCAUUAUUGUUAUUGUUAUUAUUGUUGUUGGUAUUAUUAUUAUUAUUAUUAUUAUUAUUAUUAUUAUUAUUAUUAUUAUUAUUAUUAUUAUUGUUACUAUUAUUAUUAUUAUUAUUAUUAUUAUUAUUAUUAUUAUUAUUAUUAUUAUUAUUAUUAUUAUUAUUACUAUUACUAUUACUGCUAUUAUCAUUAUUUUUAUCAUCACCAUUGUUAAAACUAUUAUUAUGUUCAUUACUUUUUCUGUUAUUGUUAUUUUUCUUGUAGUGGUUGCUGCUGCCACUGCUCCUGUUGUUAUUGUUAUUGUUGUUGUUAUUUCCAUUAUUCGUUUAUCAUGCCUCAUGAUUAACAUAACUUGUGAUCCACAUCAUUACUUAUAUUGUUGUUAAUGAUAUUUGUGUUAUUAAUUAGUUAUAACAAUUUCGUUAUGGCUAAAAUAAAGUUUUGCUAUGAAAGGCUUCACUAUACUGUCAAGAAAGCUUGAUAUGUUAAAAUAAAAGUGAUAGCAUUAUGUAUAUUUGCAACAAGGGUUAUGCUUAUUAUUAUUAUUAUUAUCCCUUUUAUUUGUAUUUAAUACCACCAUAUCAUUAAAGUUUGUUAUAUCUAUAAAAAAAAAUACUACAAUGAUUUUUAACAUUAUUAUUACUGUUUUAGUAAGAGCUUACUACAUUAUUUAAGUUCUGCGUCGUGAGAUAUAGCAGGAAGAGAAAUAUUAAUUUACAUGUGUGUAUGUGCGUUUAGCUACUGUCGGUAGCCCUGCUGUCUUGAAGUUAGGUAUAUCGUUUUUAACUGUGGACUUUAAAGCACGAUUUUGCAUAUAACCUCCAGUAUGAGAUUAAUAGCUUUUGUUUGUUGAAUUAUGAGUAACAUUUUGAUUCAUGUAUUUCUUUCUAAUCCUGGGACACAUCAAGAGAUAAAUGAAACAGACAUACAAAUCGUGAUUCGACUGGCCUUAUCCGUCUCUAGGCCCUGACUCAAGUCCGGGAUUAUCAUCAUCUUAGCCAGAUGUAGGCGCGCUCUCUGGGGAAAUAAGCGAGCAUCCAUGUCUUUUUCCCCUGGCACUGAUGAUCCAUAGUCUAUGACCAUCCCAGAUGUUUGUUAUGCAUUGUUAUGCAAUCAUAAUAUAAUAAAAAAUACGUUCUGAAGACAUCCCAGACGCCAAACCCUUAAGAGUACUGUUUGCAAAACUUGAGGCUUGGCGAUCGGCUAGUCUGGUCAGUGGAACCCCGGCUAAGUCCACGAAGGAUAUGACAUCAUCUAUAGCAUCUACGACGUAUCAAAGCGCCGCAAGAUAACCACGUGACCUUACGACGAAACGUUACGACUUCGAAAGUUGCGUCAGGCCGUCGACCGACGAUUCCUUUUUCUCCUUAAUGAUGAUAAGAAUUUUUUUUUACCUGUUGAAUCAACUAUUUGUUUGUCCUCCUUUGCUUAUCGCGUUCGACAACUAUAUAUAAGCGGUUUUAUAAAAUAACUUCCUGUUAUCUUAAGGGUUCCGAGAAAGACUACGUCGUAUAAUACAAACUUGAUAUUUUUUAUUGAUUAAUCUUUUGAAGGGGGGAGGGGAUAGGAACACAUUAAAAAAAACAGCAAAUAAGAACUAUAGUAUAGUUUCGGACACUUAACGAAAUGAACAGAAAUACCAUUUUUUUGCUGGGCCGUUGGCAGUUCCAAGUGCUCCGUGCUUCUAAGUUAGGAUACAGGAAGUAUAUAUAGUUUAUAAUCUUAUGUUUAACCCUGUUUAGUGUCUAGAAUAUUUUUUUUAUUUCCUAUUUUCAAGCAGUUGGUUUAACAAAUAAAAUACUGAAUGCUGA